AUGUCGGGCUUGGUUGAAGAACCAAUGACCGAACUUCAGGAGGUUCCUGGCAAGGGCCAAGGCCUCAUUGCCACUCGCAAAAUUCCCAAGGGCACCCGAAUCCUCUCCGAAAAAGCCAUCAUCAGAGUCCCUGAAAUCUUUGCCAACAUCGCGGCUGUGUCAGCCUCCAUCGGCAGACAGGUUGAUAGCCUUCCUCCUGAUCAACGAGAAGCCUUCCUGUCGAUGUGCAACAUCUAUCCUAGUGACGACGAUACCUCGCCAUACCUUGGAAUUGUCCGAUCCAAUGGUCUGCCCAUGGACUUUGGAAGUGGCGUUUUCCUUCAGGCAUCCCGUAUCAAUCAUGCCUGUGACAACAACGCACAGAAGGACUACAAUGAGGGCAUCAAACGACACACUGUUCAUGCUCUUCGCGACAUUGAAGAAGGCGAAGAGAUCACCAUCACGUACCUUGGUAUCUUGAAGAAUCGAAGAACGCGACAACAAGCCCUUCGAACCAAGUUUAUGUUUACUUGCACCUGUAACCUUUGCUCACUGCCAGAUGAUUUGAGCGCCGAAAGCGACAGACGUCUUGACGAGAUCCUUGCGCUGGAAGACCGAAUCGCUCGAGCUGGAAUCACGGGAAUGCUGUCAAACCCAAAGCGGAUGCUUGGACACGUUUACCAACAAGUUCAACUGUACAAGGAACAUAGCUUGGAUGACAUUGGCUUACCAAGAGCCUUCUUUGAUGCCGCACAGAUUGUUGUCACCCAUGGGGACCUGGCCAGAGCACGAGUCUUCACGGAGCGAGCCGCAGCCGCUUGGCGUCUCAUCCGAGGCGAUGACGAUCCUCAUGUUAUCAAGACCCAGAAGCUUGCUCUGGACCCUUCCACUCAUACCACGUACGGGCACACCGCACAGUGGAAGACCGCCUUUGAUCAAGUUCCGCAGGGUCUCAACCGUGACGACUUUGAAGCCUGGCUUUGGAAGAGGGAGAAGCUGCCAGAGGUUGGAGCUUUCCGCAACCAAGACAUGUUUCCCAGUUUCCUUGGAUUACCCAGCGAUAAUGUUAUGGAGCGCGACUUUUUCAAAAUCAAGGACGGUCGUAACUUUAGGCCUCGACGACACUGGUGCUUCUUGGCAGAGAUUGUCGAGCAUUCCGAUUCCUCGCGUCUCCAGAUGACUGUCAAGGAUGUCACUGGCAAGACGCUUCCGAUCAUCUUCUACACAGGAACACACGAAAGCGAGGUAGUAGCGUCACAGAUUCGUGAAGGGUACACUGUUGCGGUACUCUAUGCAGAGCAGCAUGCAUUCGUGUAUGAGGAAGUAGGAAUUCGUUUUGAGAAACCCACGCUUCUCAAGAUCUUCCCAGUGGCGCUGGACGAUCUCCUUUCUCUGAGCGAUAGAGUUCACAAGUACUCAACCGUAACCAACGGAAUGAGAACCUGCCACGGGUGCGGCAAACAGGCAGCACUCGGGUCACCUGCGUUGAUCGCCUUGCGUCAAUAUCGAUCACAAAGAUUGGGGGCUGCUCUUGGUAUCAUGUCUGCAUACCAGAUGGUUCAGGAGUACAACAUAGACAACUGCACUUUUACAUGA